GGCUUUUGUAGCGGAGGGGAAUGUUUUGGAACUCACACGGGGCGACGGUGGGGAGGAGGCAGGGGAGCCCCGACCGUGGGGAAGACUGACGCGGCGCACCUGUGGGGCCGGGGUGGGGGGGAGAGCUGCCUGCCGGAGACCCCGCCAUAAACGAGCCGGACGGCUUGACGAGGGGUCCGAAACAGCGACAAGAUUUUUUCCCUUUUGCAUUUGACGGCUCAACGAACGGGCCACCAUGCCAACUGUUGUGGUCAUGGACGUGUCCCUCUCCAUGACCCGGCCAGUCUCCAUUGAAGGCUCUGAAGAAUAUCAGCGGAAGCAUUUAGCGGCCCAUGGUCUGACGAUGCUUUUUGAGCACAUGGCGACCAACUACAAAUUGGAGUUUACCGCCUUGAUUGUGUUUUCAUCUCUCUGGGAGCUGAUGGUUCCCUUCACAAGAGACUACAAUACUCUCCAGGAAGCCCUGAGUAAUAUAGACGAUUACGACAAAACGUGUUUGGAGUCAGCGCUGCUGGGGGUUUGCAGCAUCGUGCAGCAGGAGUGGGGCGCAGCCAUUCCUUGCCAGGUUGUCCUGGUCACCGAUGGCAGCUUGGGCAUUGGGAAGGGCUCCCUCCGCCACUCUCUGUCCACGCUCAGCCAGCGGAGCGAAAGCAACCGGUUUCCACUGCCUUUUCCCUUUCCAUCCAAGCUUUACGUCAUGUGCAUGGCGAACCUCGAAGAGCUCCAAAGCUCCGAUUCUCUAGACUGCCUUGAACGGCUCAUUGACUUAAAUAAUGGAGAAGGACAGAUUUUUACCAUCGAUGGGCCCCUUUGCUUGAAAAACGUACAGUCAAUGUUUGGAAAGCUAAUAGAUGUGGCGUACACACCCUUCCACGCUGUGUUGAAAUGCGGCCACUUGUCUUCAGAUGUGCAAGCUUUUCCCAGGCCGGAGCCAUUCGUUAUAGAUGAAGAAAUCGAUCCCAUCCCUAAAACAAUUAACACAGAUCUGGAGAUCGUUGGCUUUAUUGACAUAGCAGAUAUCGCCAGCCCGCCGGUCCUGUCCAGACACCUGGUGUUGCCUAUCGCGCUUAACAAAGAAGGAGAUGAAAUGGGCCCGGGCAUCGUCGAGGAUGUUGAAGAUGAGAAUUCAGCCAAUCAAAUUGCAGGAAAGAUCCCCAACUUCUGCGUGCUCCUUCAUGGGAGCCUGAAAGUGGAAGGAAUGGUGGCUGUUGUUCAGUUGGGACCUGAAUGGUAUGGAAUGCUCUAUUCUCAAGCCGACAGCAAGAAGAAGUCCAACUUAAUGAUGUCUCUCUUUGAGCCAGGACCAGAGCCACUUCCUUGGCUGGGCAAGAUGGCCCAGCUUGGUCCCAUCUCAGAUGCGAAGGAGAACCCAUACGGGGAAGAUGACAACAAAAGCCCCUUCCCUUUGCAGCCCAAGAACAAACGAAGCUACGCUCAGAACGUCACCGUGUGGAUUAAACCGAACGGCCUGCAGACUGACGUACAGAAGAUACUCAGGAACGCAAGAAAACUCCCCGAGAAAACACUGACCUUCUAUAAGGAACUCAACAGGCUGCGCAAGGCCGCCUUGGCCUUCGGGUUUUUGGACCUGCUGAAAGGAGUGGCGGCUAUCCUGGAGAGAGAGUGCACCCUGCUGCCUGACACGGCGCACCCUGACGCGGCCUUCCAGCUCACCCACGCAGCCCAGCAGCUCAAAAUGGCGAGCUCCGGGUCUUCCGAGUAUGCUACUUACGACCACAACAUCACACCGUUGCAAACGGACUUCUCUAGCAGUGGGACGGAGCGAAUGUGAGCAGCUCCGAGGCAGAGACUCUGUGGAGGAUUCACCUUCUCUAACAAGGGUGUCAGACUCAAUUGCAUUACAUCAGGGUUGUGGUCGACCUUGGGUGUGUGUGUGUGUGUGUGUGGCAACUGGGUGGGUGUGGCCAACUGGGAGGGCGUGGCCAGCUUGACUCCACUCACUGGGCAUGGCCAACUGAGUGGACAACUAGGAUGGUCACUGGGAUGGCCAACUGGGAGGGCAUGGCCAGUUAGACUCUACUCACUGGGCAUGGCCAACUGGGUAGCCAACUAGGAUGGCCAACUGGGAAGGCGUGGCCAACUUCACUCCACUCACUGGGCAUGGCCAACUGGGUGGCCAACUAGGAUGGUCACUGGGAUGGCCAACUGGGAGGGCGUGGCCAGUUAGACUCCACUCACUGGGCAUGGUCAACUGGGUAGCCAACUAGGAUGGCCAACUGGGAAGGCGUGGCCAGCUUCACUCCACUCACUGGGCAUGGCGAACUGGGUGGCCAACUAGGAUGGUCACUGGGGGAUGGCCAACUGGGAGGGCGUGGCCAGUUAGACUCCACUCACUGAGCAUGGCCAACUGGGUAGCCAACUAGGAUGACCACUGGGUUGGCUAACUAGGAUGGCCAACGGAGAAGGCAUGGCCAGUUUGACUCCACUCACUGGGCAUGGCCAACUAGGAUGGUCACUGGGAUGGCAACUGGGUGGGCGUGGCCAGCUUGACACCACUCUCCAAACUGUUGGCAUGUUUCCUCUUUGCAUUGGGUAGACUGGACCAAAGCGACGUGAGCCGGCCUCUUACAUUUUCCAAGACAGCCCCAUGAGCCGGAUCUGACCACAUUGCUGGCCGGAUGUGGCCCGUGGGCCUUGUGUUUGACACCCCUGUUCUAUGAAAUGUCGAGACUGCUUUCCUCACCCAGAUUGGACUUUUAUUAAACUUAACUCCAUUUG